UGAGUAUAUAUUGUGUAAAUACUUGAACAGAAGUCGUAUUCUGAAAGUUCAGGUCUUAACAACCACCAUGUUCAAAUAUUAUAUUUGUGUUAUACUGCUGGCUACACUACUUGAAAGGAGUUUCCAAACUGAUGUACUGCCAGAAGAACAAGAUCUCGGGGAUGAAAUGAAAGGGAUGAAACCCAAGGGACCAAAUAUAGGAUCAGAUCCAGAUCCAACCCACCCUGGACGUGGCAAAGGCGGGAACAAUGGAAGAGCAUCUAAUCCAAAACAAGAUCUCGGGGAUGAAAUGAAAGGGAUGAAACCCAAGGGACCACAUAUAGGACCAGAUCCAGAUCCAACCCACCCUGGACGUGGCAAAGGCGGGAACAAUGGAAGAGCAUCUAAUCCAAAACAAGAUCUCGGGGAUGAAAUGAAAGGGAUGAAACCCAAGGGACCAAAUAUAGGAUCAGAUCCAGAUCCAACCCACCCUGGACGUGGCAAAGGCGGGAACAAUGGAAGAGCAUCUAAUCCAAAUUCUGAUGCCACUCUCAGAGGACCUCCUUAAGUUUAACAUCAACUCAAAAAUGUUCUUUUAUACACUUGUACAUAUAACGAACACUUCAAGAAAUAUAAAAUGAUGGAUAUCAAAA